CACAGCGGCACUUUGAUGAGGAGAGAGAGAGCGAGGGGGAGAGAGAGACGGCAUCUGAUGUGUCUUUUUCUGCAUAUCACUUUGGAAAUUUGCGCUCGUGUAGUCGUGCUGAAAGCUGAGCUCACCUGCCGGGGCUGCGUGGCCGUGAGCGGCCGAGCGACUCAUUUAAUAGGAUAAUCAGACUAAUUGCCGUCUUUGCUACUGUCCUUCAUUGAUUCCGUCGACCGUUCCCCUAAUCACUGUCAUGAUUUUCUUCAUUUUCUUCUUUCCUGCUGUUUGAAAGUGACUGGCUGCAGGUGUUUUUUUGCGCUCUGAUCUGCGCCAGCGAGGACUGGCAAUAUGUAAUUUUGGGGACAGACGCUGCGUUUUUUUGGGAGAAGUGGACUAUUUCACAGCUGGAAUUCCUUCUUUUUUUUCUUUUGAAACCCCCCGUUUCUGCUUUACUCUAUAUACCAGAACAUAGUGUGAUACAUCGUGAUGGUGUGGGGCCGUCAGAACUGACAGCAGAGUGCACGCUAUCGUUUGGAAACUGCUUGUGGGACUGAUAAAAAAAUGAAAGCUCCCAUUCCUCUUCUGAUCCUGCUUCAUGCUGUUGUGGUCCAUUGCCUGAAAGUGGUGUCAAAGAGAGGCUCAGUGGAAGGCUGCACAGAUUGGUCAGUGGACUACCUGAAAUACAAAGUGCUUCUGGGGGAACCUGUACGGAUUAAGUGCGCUUUAUUCUACGGAUAUAUCCGGGCCAACUACACCCAUGCGCAGAGCACGGGACUUAGCCUGAUGUGGUACAAAAGCGCUGGCCAUGGGGACUUCGAGGAACCAAUCAGUUUUGAUGGCACAAGGAUGAGCAAAGAAGAGGACGCCAUAUGGUUCCGACCAGCAGAGUUGGACGAUGUGGGAUACUAUUCCUGUGUAUUAAGGAACUCCACAUACUGCAUGAAGGUGUCCAUGUCUCUCACGGUGGCAGAAAAUGACACGGACCUCUGCUACAACUCCAAAAUGAGGUUCUUUGAGAAGGCGGAACUAAGCAAAAGCAAAGACAUCCUCUGCCCGGGCAUUGAGGAUUAUAUACAGCCAGGAGUGGAGCCUGAAAUUGUGUGGUACAAGGAAUGCAAGCCAAAGCAGUGGAGACAAACCAUAGAACGGAGGAGGGACACACUGUCCAUCAAGGAAGUACGGGAAGAUGACAUUGGGAAUUACACCUGUGAACUGCCGUUUGGGAACUUCGUGGUACGAAGGACGACUGAGCUGUCAGUCACAGCUCCCCUGACAGACAAGCCGCCAAAAAUCCUUUUCCCUUCAGAGAGCCAAAUGAGCAUCAUAGAGAUGGCAAUAGGUAGUCCUGUCAACCUGACAUGCAGAGCGUUCUUUGGAUACAGCGGAGACGUCAGUCCACUAAUCUACUGGAUGAAGGGGGAGAAGUUUAUUGAAGAUCUGGAUGAGGAGCGGGUUCAAGAGAGCGAGAUCAAGACAAUCCGGGAGCACCUGGGCGAGCAGGAGGUCUCCAUCUCUCUGACCAUCGACUCUCUGGAGGAGAGCGAUCUGGGCAAUUACUCCUGCUACGUGGAGAACGGCAACGGGCGACGACAGGCCAACAUCCAGCUCACCAAGAAAGCCGAGCUGAUGUACACGGUGGAGUUGGCCGGCGGUCUGGGAGCGAUCCUGAUGCUGCUGAUCUGCCUGGUGACGCUGUACAAGUGCUACAGAAUCGAGCUCAUGCUCUUCUACCGGAACCACUUUGGCAGCGAGGAUAUAGAUGGAGAUAACAAGGACUAUGAUGCUUACUUGUCCUACACCAAAGUGGACCCGGACCAGUGGAGCCAGGAGACCCGGGAGGAGGAGCGUUUUGCCCUGGAGAUCCUCCCCGACGUGCUGGAGAAGCAUUAUGGGUAUAAACUCUUCAUUCCAGACAGGGAUUUGAUCCCCACAGGAAGUUUCACCAAUGAUCAUUUCCAGGAUGACACAAGACUACUUAGAGCCUACAUCGAGGACGUGGCGCGCUGCGUGGACCAGAGCAAGCGCCUCAUCAUCGUCAUGACGCCCAGCUAUGUGGUGCGGAGGGGGUGGAGCAUCUUUGAGCUGGAGACGCGGCUGCGCAACAUGCUGGUGACCGGCGAGAUCAAAGUCAUCCUGAUCGAGUGCGCCGAGCUGCGCGGCAUCAUGAACUACCAGGAGGUGGAGGCCCUCAAACACACCAUCAAGAUGCUGACGGUCAUCAAGUGGCGCGGCUCGUCCAGCAACAAGCUCAACUCCAAGUUCUGGAAGCAGCUGCUCUACGAGAUGCCCUUUAAGCGAAUGGAGCCCCUGAGCAUCUCCCACGAGCAGGUGCUGGACGUCAGCGAGCAGGGCCCCUUCGGCGAGCUCCAGACCGUCUCGGCCAUCUCCAUGGCAGCGGCCACCUCCACCGCCAUGGCGACGGCACACCCGGACUUGCGCUCGACCUUUCACAACUCUUGCCACACCCAGAUGAGGCAGAAACACUAUUACCGUAGCUACGACUACGACCUGCCGCCCGGCGGCACGCUCCCGCCGCUCUCCUCGCUAGGCAACCAGCACACCUACUGCAACAUCCCCAUGACACUCAUCAACGGACAGCGGCCGCAGUCCAAGUCACCGCGCCAGCAGAGUCUGGAGGAAGGCCACGGCAACAACGCCAUGCUGCCGCUGCUUCCCAGAGAGACCAGUAUAUCCAGUGUCAUCUGGUGACAGAGACGGUGCAGGGUGGGGUAAGACUGUGGAUCUAAACAAUGUCCGACACAGGGAGGACUCACCAAUUGGCACCUGGACCCUGAACGCACCGGAUGGACCGGAAUGACACUAAGCUACUUGCUGCUGUUGAAUUUGCACCAGAUAAAAACAAAAGCCGGGGGGGAGGAUGGGGCAGGCAGGAUGGGGCAUCACUGGACAAACUGGAGCUGGAGAAGGUGGUGGCAGAUAUUUUUUUUGUUUUGUUUUGUUUUUGGUCCAAUAAGAGCUUUUAUUGAAACUGAACCACAAAAAGUUCUACUGAACAACAAAAAAAAGAAGCAAGGAGAACUUUUUUGUAUGCCUGUAUAAACACUCACGUAACACAAGCCAACACCUAUGAUAAUUUACCCAGAGAGUCAAGGAAUACAGGGUCCUGUACAUACGUUUUUCUAAUUCUUUGUAGCAACAGUGUUUGGGACUUGUUUCUUCUUUAUGUUUUAUCAUCACCUGGGACUUUUUUUUUUUUUAAUUUCUUUUUGUUUCAGUUUGUACAAAAGUGAAGCAAUGGCCUGUGAGAUGUGUUGGUUAAACCGUUGUUACCUUUAUCUUUAUUUCUUGGCUGGUGUAGUUUAUAAAGCUUUUGGGGUUUUUCUCGGGGGGGUGGGAGGGGUCAAAAAGCCUUCAGGAGACGCGUAAGGUUUGAGAUUUGAGUUUUCCACUGACUGCUGUAAAGGGUUGAGGAUCUGGGCUCAACCAGAAUAUGCAAAACUUGAAGGCCAGAGAGCGGAGGAAAAGACGGGUUUUCACCCAAAUCGACGGAACGCUUUCAGAAAAUUCUGUGAAGGGGGAAAUGAAGAAUAUGGUGCUAGGCUUCACAUCUCUCUGUUUCUCUCACGAUAACAUUUACUUUUUAAAAAAACAGCCUUGCUAUUUACCUUAACAGAUGAUUAUAUCACUGAAAAAGUAAUUAUGUGUAUUAUUUUAUGAAAAAAGAAAAGUCUAUUUUUGUAACUGAGGGAUAUUUGCUUAGAGAAGUUAUACCUAUAAAGUUUGUGAUAGAAGGAUUCGGGUAAAAAAAAAACAACAAUGUUUUGUUAUGUGGAACUGCAUAGCUCACAAAAAUCGAUAGGUCAUUCACUAAAUGUCUUAUAGUGCAAGAGAAAAAAAGUCUGUUUUCGUCAUUUAAAAAAGGGGCGUUUUUUGACAUUUCAACCACACUGAUUGCAGCUCAGCAGGCUUUUUCUUUUUUGUAUUUCUUGUUGAUUUCACAGCCACUACAGCGAUUCACAGUCGAGGACGGAGCUCUCCGUGAUGUCAGUGCGGAUGGAAGAGAAAGCCAUGGCAUCCAUCGAAGCAUUAAGUCUACCUGGUUUCCUCUGUAGGACCAAACAAGGCUGUCCAGGGCUACAAAAAACACCUUCUCUCAGUCGUUCAUUUUCUUCUUAAAUGACAGCUCUGUUAAUUGUUUGCCAUUUCCCUCUUGUUGAGUUGCUCUCUCAGAUAAAUAAAAUAGGGCUUUCACAUCACGGUCGGGUAUGUAAGAAGAUGACGAUGAAGAAGAGUUUCAUUCCAAAACGAGUCAACCUGUGAUUGUUUAGUUAUUAAUAUAAAAGUAACAUUUAGAGAAUUAUAUCGUUGCCCUACUGACCAAUAAUCAACAUGAGGUGUAUUUUCUUCAAAGCCUUUUAGAAUGAAACCCUUCCAAAUAUGCUAAAGAGUGACGAGAAUGUUGUUAGAAAUGCAAAUUAAAUCCUGGUGUAUAUGUAACUACAACAGACAUGCUACUUUAGACCAAAGCAAGCUAAAGUAAACCAUUUACGAAAUGGUCUUUCUUUUUCCCCCCAUCGUGAUUCAUCCAAAUAAGAGCUAUUCUCACAGAUCCUCCUGCAGCUGUGCCAAGUCAUUUGGGUUUUUUUUUGUUUUCGAGAAACUAACCUCAUACUAAAAAUACCUGCAACAUCUCAUAGAUGUUUCAUUUAGUGCCAUAAAAUAUGCAAAGUGUUGAACGUGUAAACAAUAAAUGACAACUUGUGUUUCUUCCCCCACCCUUUUUAUCUCCUUCAAAUCUUCGUUUUAACUCUACUUUCGGUGAAUAUUUCAAACCGGGCCUGGAUUUUUUGGGGGAAUUCAGUGUUAUUGGAGAUUUUUCAAAUAGAUCAUUUAAACCAGGCCUAUAUUUAUCCACCACCACCACCACCCCCCCCCCCCCCCCGUAUGAAAAGUAACAUGGAUUAAGAGCACCAUCAGUUUGCUGUGCUCUUUGAUAAGGCAUUGUGUAAAUAUAAUCAAGACAAUAACAUGAUUAAGAUGAAGACAAUCGAGCCAUAUUCAUGAAACCAGUGGUCAUUAAUCACAAGGCCUCUCAAAGCAGAAAUCCUAAUCCUGACUGGAGGUUUCAAACGCGAGGAAUCGAUGAGAUUUCGACAGGAGUCCUGCUGCUUUGGGAGGCUCUGUGAAUACAAACGUUUUCUAAGCAGAACGACACACACACUUUUGUUUCAUGACGACUUUCUGGCGACGUGGCUUUGAUGGGAAAGGUGAUAACGAUUGAUGAGUAACAAUGACAAUAUAUAGCACAGAAUUAUUCAAGGCACUUUCACGACUCUUGAGACGACGUCUCUCCUGUUUUCUGAUUUAUUUUCUAUUAUGUAUCUGCAAUGUUCAUUAAAAGAGAUACUGUUAUUAUUAAUAAAACCACAUUAAUGGUAA